AUGAACGACAACAGCUACUACGGUAAAGAUUUCGACUAUACCUACGGCAGACCACAACGUGUUUUCGACAUUGAAGCCAGGCCAGAGUUUGAAAACAACGGGGUUGAUGAAUAUCCCGAAUGCACUGGACCGGCGAAUACGCCCAAGACACCAGAGCCUGAAAUAUCAGAGCAGACGGUUUCCGAUUUUGUGAAGCUCCAGUACUAUGUGAGACUGGCGUAUUCAGACGAAGAGGCCGAUGAUCAGCAAAUUGAGCCUAUGGGGGAGCCCCAAAAUGGGGAAGAUUUGAAUGUGUUUUCGAAUUCGGACUAUCAGAGUGUGGAGAUUCAGUAUGAUCAGCACCAGUACGACCAGGAGUACCAGUAUAUUCCUGAAACCCAACCAGAGCCUCAGUUCAACAACGAGCAAUUCGACCCAACAAACCAAAAUGCUCCAAUUUCCCCAUUGAGCACCGGCUUCCAAUUGAACCAUUCGACCGUCACGGCCACCCCGGAAAAGCUCUCGUCGUCUCCGGAGAAUCUGCAGUUUACUGAAACCUCAAAGGAAUACUCCACAGCCACCACGGCUCCAACGGAACCAGACACAUGUCUUCCAUACGUCGGAUGGCCGGAUUUGGCCUUGGAAGACGCCUCCAACCAGUGCACCCUUACGGGCUCCUUUUUGCCAGAAACCUCGGUUCUGAAUUUGGAAACUUCCACAGACCACUUGAAGUACGAUGACCAGAUGACCACGCCGUUCAUGGAUUUGAACGAGUUCAUUGAUCAUUUUCCAAUUGAUCCUGAGCAGCAAUUGGCUGACAUUUCUGGAGAUGCUUCUUUGGAAAGUAAGCCUGUUGAGGUUUCGCAGCCAAAGAAGGCUCCAGCUGAACCAGCUCCAGUGCAAAAGGUACCGGCUGUUCCAGAAAAGAGACCAAAAAAGAGUGAAAGUCUGGCUUCAAAGCAGCAGAGUCAACCUGUGAAGAAGCCAAAAACCGCUCCUCAGUAUUCGGCUCCACAGAAGCACUACAAUGUGGCUCCACAGACCCAGUACUCCAACCAGACACAGAGCCAGUACUAUGUGCCUUCUUCACAGGGAAAUUACUCGAAUGUACCUUCUUCACAGGGCAAUUAUAGCGUGACUCCGCAAAGCGUGGAAGUCAAGAGUCUCUUUGGAACUUCCUCGGUGGGUUCCAGUUCUUCUAGACCCCAGACGGAGUCUAAGGUGAAGACAGAUCACAGAAAAGAGGAAACUCCAAGAGUGACGAAGAAGAGGGAGCAUGUUGAGGGCAGUUCUAGGAAUUUGGAGAAGCACGUGGAGAGACCAGUUGCUGCAAAGAGACCUCCAUCGGGCUCAGUCUCGAGCUCAGUGUCUAAGCACGCAAAGACUUCCAGAACCCAUGAGUCUGAGGUGUCCAGGAAGCACGAGUCUUCCAGAAAGCACGAGUCUUCCAAAAAGCACAAGGAGUAUUUGGUCAAACAUGGCGAAUCCUCCAGAAAGCAUGAGGGUUACUCUGGAGCUCACCAGGAGUAUUCUAGACCCCAUCAAGACUACUCCAGAGUGCACCAGGACUACUCCAGAGGAAACGAAGGUACUUCCAGAAAGCACCACGAAUCCUCCAGAAAACAGCAUGACUCCUCCAGAAAGCAACUGGAGUACUCUGGAUACCCUACUGGGCAAGUGCAGCAGGGUCACCCUUCUGGAGAAAGUGUCUAUUCUGGAAACCUGGGUCACCACUCUGGACAGACUUACCAUUCUGGAAACUACAACCAGGCUAGAACCCACCCUGACGCCUCCUUCCAACCACAAAAGCGGUCGUACCCUGAAGAACAGACAGGCUCUUCAAAGCACCGCAAGGUCUCCACUGAAAACCAACCCACCAACCAAAUGCCAAAUACCUACCAGGACAGUUACCUUACUGUUGUGAGCCCCAGAAACCAAGAAGCUUUGGCUCAGUUUAACAACGCCUACUACCUGUCGUUCCAGGACCCUAACUGCCAGGAAGCACAUCUGCAGCCUUUUGGUGAAUCCGACCAGGGCAACUCCAAUUACACCUACCAGCCCGGUGAGCUUAAUCCUCAUCUUAGCACCGAGGAGCAGUUGGAGCAUCAAAGGCAGGGCGCCAGGAACUUGUUCUCCGUUCCUCCCUAUACCGAGGAGGAGGAACAAAACAAGGUCUUCAACCAAGAGUACGUCGAGCAGCAAUUGGGGUACCCCUUGUGUAUGAAUCCACCAGAGUACCAGGGCGGAUUCCAAAAGAGGUACGAGUAUCCAGAUGGGUAUGUGGGCCACACCCAGGGACCCUGUUUCCGGGCUGCUCAGGGAUACAGCAGGUUUGUGGACCAGGUGUAUUUCGGAUGGUUGGCCCAUAAGGCACGGGAGCAUCAAUGGCGGGAGAGCAUGUCGGAGGAGUGA